UCGCUUCAAAUAUUUCCUGCACUGCCACUUUUUUGCUUGGCCAACCGAUGUCGAUUUAUGGCGAUAGGAUGCGCAACCACAACUGAACUACAUGAGUAAAGGCGUGUAAGAUCGUCUUCCAGGCAGCCACAUUAGUACAUGUCUCGUCGGAGUGACAACUUAACCCUCUCUACUCUUGGUACAGUGACACAUGUUCUCACUGGAAGUUAAGUCAGACAGUUGAUGUGACUCUUUUUAAGAACAAACAGUGUUUAUUUGUUCGUAUCAACAAUCCCAUUCUGCACAUGGGAUAUAUAUCUAAGAGGAAAUUACUAUCACCAACGCUCAGUCUAAACCCAACCAAGCCCUCAGUUGACCUGGAAUCUGCUCUCAUCGCGCCCCUUUCUAGUUAAAGGAAGUCGAAACAAUAACUUGAUCUUGCCUCUUUAUCUGGAUCGACAGCUGUCAAGAUGCCAGCAAUCCCAAUCUACUCCAAGAGCCCCAUAAACGCAAGCAAGGCGUCUGGUGUGACUCCCCAGACGGCGGCCCCAGGAGACGAUAGCAAGCAACAGCAGUCUCAGGGGCCUGCCGCCUCGGCGACUGCAAACUAUAUCCCGACCAAGACGUCGGCCUACACAGCACCGCAGCCGGGAGCGACACCUACAAUCCCGACUGCUACUGCCUCUGGCGGGUCCAACCCCUACGCACCGGCACCGACGGCAGGUUUGAGCAGCUCGCCAUCGCCUCCGCAACCCCAACCCGGCGCCGUCCCGGCCCCACCCGGAGGGACCGCCGCGAGCGCCACCGGCACGGGACUGCCUCCACCUCCCAAGGCCGGAGAGACCUACCAGCCACCACCUGCGGCGCCGGCGACGACAGCCGCGCCACAAUACCCUCCGCCACAGAUGUCCAUGGCAGCACCGACCGCCCCGUACCCCCAGCAACAGCGUGGAACUUCUACUGCUACCGGUCCGCCACCGGCAUUUGGCGCGCCCGCUACGACGCAGCUACCGGGCGCGUCGGUGGAUAACCUCUCGCACCCAGCGGGCUACCAGCAGAACCCUAAUGCAUCCUCAUAUGCUGGGCAAUCUCGAUCGGACAACUACGGCGGCGUCCUCGGCGGCACUAGCCACGACGACCAGGGGGAAGGGGUGUGGGAUUCGGCCAAAAAGUACAUGGCUGUGGCGGGCACCAAGCUGUCCGAGGCUGAGAGUGAGGUUUGGAAGCGUAUCAACAAGAAUUAGUCAACCAGCAAACACAAAGCACAACCGUGCUUUAGAAUGUCUCUGAUUUUGUUUUUAUUAUUAUCAAGAUUGUCUUAUGUCCCCCCCCUUUCCACCUCCCAUCAACUCGGUCAAAAUCUCACAGCGGGCGGGAAGCGGGAGGGGGAUCAGCCAAGUGUUUACCAUGCCGAAUGUUUCUUUCUCUUGUGUCCUAGUUCGGUCGGGGGGUUCGCGCAACUCAGAACAUGACGCCAGGCAGUGGCACCUGCACGCCACAGGAGCAACCCACAUAAGGUCUCGGUGGAUUUUUUUCUCGAUGGUUUUUCUUUUUUUGUAACCUUCUCGGUGUGCUACUCGCAUAUACAGAGAAUUAGGCGAAUCCCGUGAUGCAGUCAUGGUGAAAAAAAGAUCCGGCGAUUAUAUUGCCAAAGACUGUGUUCCUUCUAAUUUAUCUUAUUCAUUUAUCCGGAGGUGUGAGCGUAGGGGCUUGCUGGCUUGUAUGGUUGGCUGAGAAGAACCCGAGCCAAUAAAUCUGUCAAACUGCGGUGGCUGUGUCCGACUUCAAACAAGCUGAUGAGGAAUGGACCCCAGAAAAACGAC